AGACCCAUGCGGAUCAUGUUCUCCCAGCGUGAUUCCACGCUGCGGACGACUGGGGUCGGGAACAUCUUCGUCAAGGGUCUGGCCAGCAGCAUCGAUGGUGCCCGCCUUCAUGACAGCUUCUCGAUUUUUGGGAAGAUCCUGUCCUGCAAGGUGGUCUGCGAUGCGAACGGAUCCAAAGGUUACGGAUUCGUCCACUUUGCCACCUUCGAAGCGGCAGAGAAGGCCAUCAAAGCGCUUGAUGGCAUGUUGUUGGACGACCAGCUAGUGUCCAUUGGCCACUUUAAGACCUUUGAAGAGCGUCGCGUUGAGCCGCAGGUCGUGGCUCAGGACAACGAGCGGCGCUACCCGGUACCCAAACCCUUUGAUCACUUAACAAAUCUUCAGUGA